AUGUUGACUGUUGGGCUUCCGCCCACAUCCGUGUCGGUGUACCUGAGGCCCAGAAUCUCUGGAUUCCUGAGGAGAAUUCUCACAACAUUCUCCCCGAUGCUAUCCUAUAUAUCUGCUGCCUUCAAGUCCCCGUCGCCGGAGGAAGGCGUACAGCAGCGACCGCCACGGUAUGCUGGUGAAGAUACCACCCCAACCAGUCGCCGGGAGAUCCUAGGAUGGUACUCGUACGGGAUUGCGGCUGAAGUGUUCGCGGUCUGUGGUGUAGGCUCUUUCCUACCCCUCACCUUGGAACAAUUAGCCCGGGAGCGUGGCACCCUACAAACAAGCCGCCUUCCCUGUGUCGGAUCAUCCGCAGGGAAUAGCACGAAUAUUGCUGAUCAUGGCCAAUGCGUGGUCCCGGUCUUCGGCCUCGAGAUCAAUACGGCCAGCUUCGCCAUGUACACCUUCUCCCUGGCAGUACUUAUCCAGGCGCUGACACUGAUAUCGUUCAGCGCGCUGGCGGAUUAUGAGAACAACCGCAAGACAUUGCUUAUGGUAUUCGGAUUCGCCGGUGCGCUCGCCAGCAUGUUGUUCAUAUUCAUUGCACCUCCCGUCUUCAUUCUUGGAUCGAUAUUGGUAGUUGUCGGAGUGACUUGUCUCGGUUCUUCCUUUGUUGUGCUGAACUCUUACCUGCCUGUGCUUGUCGCCAACGACCCAUCCCUGCAAGGGAAGGCGGAAGAUGGAUCGGAAAUGUCGAGCUUCGACCGAGACGGAGGUAACUCGGAAUGGAAUGCUUGGGGCAACGAUGGUGCCGAUGAUGAUAGUUUAGAUGGACUUCAGCCAUCGAGCCAGCCACAGAGCUCCCUAGAAGGUGGAAUGGGAGCCAAGGCCCCGCCCUCUUCCUCACCGGAGUUGCAACUGUCGACCAAAAUCUCCUCCACGGGCAUCGGUCUUGGAUAUUGUGCAGCUGUUUUUGUGCAAAUUAUCAGCAUUAUCAUGCUCAUCACAUUAUCCAAGACUUCCAUUGGAAAAGCGUCUGCCACUCUUCCCAUGCGGUUUGUGUUGCUCCUGGUCGGCAUCUGGUGGGGCGCAUUCACCCUGGUCACUCGUAAUUUGCUCAAAACAAGGCCGGGGCCACCUCUGGAUACAGUCUCCACAAAAGGCACCGGAAGAUGGCGGGCCUGGCUGCGACUGGUCGGAUUUGCGUGGAAAUCACUAUGGGAGACUGUCAAAGUAGCGAGCAAGCUGCGCGAAGUCUUGAUCUUCCUUGUAGCAUGGUUCCUGCUUUCUGAUGCAAUGGCCACUGUCUCAGGGACAGCGAUCCUGUUCGCACGCACGGAACUCAAAUUGAGCACGCCGCUAAUUGGACUCCUCUCCAUUACCGCCACAGUGUCCGGCAUGACGGGCGCAUUUUUAUGGCCACAUGUGUCUCGGUAUUUCGGCCUACAGCCGAAUCACACCAUCAUCGUCUGCACUGUCCUUUUUGAGUUAAUCCCGCUCUAUGGGUUGCUUGCUUACAUCCCCUUCAUUAAAAAUUGGGGGGUGUUCGGGUUACAACAGCCGUGGGAGAUAUUCCCGCUAGCCAUCGUGCACGGAGUUGUGUCUGGGGGACUGGCAUCAUACUGCCGAUCAUUCUUUGGACUCUUAAUUCCGCCCGGUAGUGAAGCCUCGUUCUACGCUCUUUAUGCUGCUACUGACAAGGGGAGUUCUUUCAUUGGACCGGCUAUUGUGGGGGUUCUCGUUGAUGCGACCGGUCAGGUGCGAAGUGGAUUUUUCUUCAUCGCGGUGCUAAUAAUUCUGCCUAUUCCGCUUGUGUGGAUGGUUAAUGCGGACAAGGGUCGCCGCGAAGGUUUGGCUAUGGCUGAGACCCUGGACAAGUCACAUGGUGGACCUGCUGAAUACGCCGAAGAAGCCGAAGGGCUUUUAGCUCGCUAG